CUCCAAUCCAGUAGGGGCAGUAUAUUCACGACUGCUCCGCACAAUAACUCGAGAAGAAGACUGAGGUGCCUGCGGAGUGCAGGGAAGCUAUGAAAGGUUAUCAAUGGUGACUAGGUGGAGCGCCAGAAUGCAAAGCCUGGUGGCACAGGUACUUGUCAUGAGGCAGUUGGGAAGGUUCAACCCUCGCCACCUGGUGGCGGCAGGAUAUGGGCUGAGGCAGACUCACUGGUGUCCCAGGGCCAUCCACACUCUGCAGCUGUGGGGCUCCCGAGGAGCCCCCUUCAUACACAGUGGUCACCAACUCGUCUUUCACCUCAGAGAUGCUGACAGGAGCUCGUCGGUUCAACAUCUGAGGUUUAAAAGCAACAAAAAGAAAGCUUCCUCUGCAGCUGCACAGGAUGAAGAUGAGGAGGAAGACGAGGAUGACCAGGAGGACAGAGAUUAUGACAACGUUGACCCAAAUCUACCAAAAGACUUUAAGGAUGUAGAAAAACAUGUUCGAUCUUUCCGUUUUGAUGUUAUCAUGAAAGCUGGCCUGGACAUAGCGCGCAACAAAAUUGAAGAUGCCUUCUACAACAACAAGCUCAGAUUAAAUGGUCAUAAACUCAUGAAGAAAAGUAAAAUGGUUAAAGCUGGGGACUCCUUGGACCUUGUGCUGUCAGAGAACCAACAAACAAACAUGGUUAUGCUCAUGAGAGUUGUUCUUCUUAAGGUUGUUGAUGAAAGCAUUAAUAAUGAAAAGUAUAAAGUUUCCAUUAGGCGCUGGAAACAUCUUGAGCUUUCCAAAAAUGAUGCUUUUAAGCAGUAAACUUUAUCAGAGAAUAGGGGAGUUUAUCUGGGUGGAAAAAAAGUGUAUUUCUAGUUAAUCACCAAGCAAUAUUAAAUGUUCUUAUCUCUUUGCAAGUAGACUUCCAGUAACUAUUGGAUAUCUUGAUGAUCAGAGUUUAAGAAAAGUGGUGGGGACUAGAUCUUGUGGUGGUUACUUUUGGUUUAUGACAUUGUCUCAAUAAAGGUUCAUUUUGAAUCAUG